UUUAAAAUAUAUUCCUGGGAAAAUUGGCGGGUGUCUCCUGAAGCUGAACGGUGAGAGCCUGAGAGGCAGUUAGUUAUGAAUUCUCAAGUGUGAUUCGGAAAUGUGAGAGACACGUGGCGUUCUGCAUUCUCUUCUCUUCGCUGAGUCUUCGUUGAGGUAGUUAGGGUUUUACUUACCAGUGUGUCUGAACACUGAACUGAACUCAAUAGAAUUCAGGAAUGGAACCCGAUCCUUCCUCUUUAGCUUCUUUCAGCAGCACUGAUAUUCAAUCUCUUGCCGAUCUGCUCGCAGAUCUGGUCCUCGGUGAGCAAUCGGUCGAUGAUGAUUUGAGGCCGAAGCAGGAGUUUAUGUGCCCUUUCUGCGGCGAAAUUCACGACGCCGAUUCACUUAGCUACCACAUUCACGAUCAGCAUCCCCGGCAUCUCACCAAUGGGGACUGUCCAAUUUGUGAAGAAUCGUUAGGGAUGGAACUUGUCGGUCAUAUUGCUAAAGAACAUGGAGAUCUUCUGAAAGUGCAGCGCAAAAGAAGGUUCAGGAGUGGAGGCUCGAAUCCUACAUUGAGAAACGAACUGGAUAAAGAAAUAUGGAACCACCUAUUAAGAGAUUUUUCAUGCAUAGCUCCCUCUGAGCUUGAUCCUUUGCUCUCAUCAUUUAUUUCCACCCCAGUUUUAGCUGACGAACAAUUCAGUGCACAAGUACAACCUCCAUUGGAAGCUAUUGAAAUGCAAAGUUUAGAAGGCGAUUUCUUGGAAAGAGAACCUGAACCGUUGCAACCACUGGACAAGGAUCAAGCCGAGAAAGAUCCAAGGUUUGAGUUCGUUCAGAGGUUACUGAUGUCUGCUAUUCUUGAUAAUAACUUACCAAUGAAAUUGUAGCUAGUUCUGACGUUAUUGAGGGAGGGGUUUAUGCUCAUUCAUAGAGUGAAUAUGUGGCAGAACGAUUGAAUGUGUCCAUAAUGUAACUAGACUUAUCUACAAUUGUUCAUAUAAAUGCAAUUAAUAGUAUUUUGAUUGUCA